AAAGAAAUGUAUAUAAAGAACUAUGAAUAUUUUAUAUAAUCAUCAUUAACCUAAUGAAUUAUAUCAUUGUUUUUCUUAUUGUCUACUUUCUAAUGCUAGUAAAUGCUAUGGAUACAACACUUCCAUGGUCACCUUCAGAUAAUCUUCAAAGUGUUUUACCUUCUGCUCUUCCAUCUCCUUCUCCUAAGGCUUCUGGUGUUCAAGGAUUACUCGGUGAUUUUGGUAAAGCCAAACUUGGAUAUGAUGCCUAUAAAGUAGCUAAAACUCAAGUCGAACAUGCUAAAAGCGCAAUUCAUCAUUGAAUUCUCCGUGUUCCCCCCUCAUACUUCUGAGAAUCUAGAUGUACAUGUUGCACUAACAAUCAUUGCAUAACUUUUUUUUUUCUUAAAGAUUGGUAUCACAAAUAAAAC